CAGAAGCGGAGGUGACUGUGUUACUGGUGCACUGGGACCUUACUUCUUCUAGCCGGAGUCUCGCUGUUGCCUUCUCCGGGCAGGACCCAGAAAGCUUUGAGGAAACAUUUCACAGGGAGGUUUUCAAGAAGGCAAGAGGAUGACAACGUUGCCUCCCCAAGGCUGCGGCAGCAUUAAUGCUGACUAUUACCUGCUCUGUGACAUGGAGAAGGCCUGGGGGAUUGUCCUGGAGUCACUGGCUGCAGCUGGUGUCCUUGUCACCAUUUUCCUCAUCUGCUCACUCUUCUUUCUCAUCUGUAAAGUCCAAGACAACAGCAAGCGGCACAUGAUCUCCAUCUAUUUCUUCUUUCUCUUAGGAACACUCGGCAUUUUUGGUCUUACUUUUGCCUUCAUCAUUAGGCUCAAUGACAAGACUCGCCCCACUCGCUUCUUCCUAUUUGGAGUCAUCUUUGCUCUCUGUUUCUCAUGCCUCCUUGCCCAUGCCUGCAACCUCAACAAACUAGUGAGAGGAAGAAAGCCCUUCUCCUGGCUGGUGUUGUUGCUCCUCAUUGUUUCCUUUGCCCUGGUGCAAGUUGUGAUCAGCAUUGAGUACUUAGUCACCAUGCUAGUAAACCAGAGAGACACAUUUCUGAAUAUGAGUCCAGAGGACACCAACAAGGACUUUGUCAUGCUUUUGAUCUAUGUGCUCUUCUUGAUGGCUCUGACCUUCUUGGUUUCCAUGUUCACAUUCUGUGGGUCAUAUAAAAGCUGGAAGAGGCACGGGGCACACAUCUUUGUCACUGUCCUGUUCUCCAUUGCCAUUUGGGUUGUGUGGAUCACUAUGCUCACAAAAGGCAACAGGGUUUUAAAUGAAGAUAGCUGGGAUGAUCCUGUCAUGGCCAUUGCUCUGGUGUCCAAUGGAUGGAUCUUCCUGAUAAUGUAUAUCGUCCCUGAAAUUUGUUUCCUUACUGCCCCUCCGAAGCUGGGAGACUACCCUCCAGAAAAUGACUUCUGCCAACCCAAGUUCAUAAAGCAGACAACUGGAGUGGACAACCGUGCCUACACCCAAGAUGAAAUUGUGCAAGGAGACACAGGAGACCUCACCUACUCCCCGUACUCUUCUCACUUUCAGAUGAAGACCCUUGAACCCCAAAGUGAUUUCUCCAUCCCUCGGCCCAAGGCCCGGACAAGCCCAUACCAUGACUACACUGGUGGGAAAGGCCCUGUGUAG